UCUAUUGGUUCGUUGCCAGGUUAAUUGGUGCGAGGAACCAGCUGUCAACUAUUUAGAUAACGUGGAUGGUGAAGGCUUGGCGGCGGCUCGUUCAAAACACACGGAGGAUGGACUCGGCUCGUAGUAGAAACAUUUGUCGGCGUUUCAUAAAUGGCUCUUGCAGAUUUGGUUCAAGAUGCAAUUAUCGUCAUGAAUGGCCAACCAUACACUCAUCCCAAAUAUGUCGGUAUUAUCAGAAAGGUGGAUGCUGGUAUGGUGAGCGCUGCAGGUUUUUCCAUGUUCUUCAGUCUGAAGCUGGCACAACUGUUGCAGGAAGAAGGGCUUCAGUACCUACGGUCUCCUCCUCCAGUGUGGCUCACGCGUCACCUGAUAGGCGAGGGUCAGAACCUGCAGUUCUGCAAGCUGAGGUGACAUCUGAACAAGAGUGCAGCAGAUCAGAGUUGGCAGCUGAUACCUCAAACCCUCAAUGCGACACUGGGCACCUGCCAGCGAAUAUCGCUGAGGAGCAGUCAGAAGAAUCUGGUCUGGGAUCGUCUCAAAGCUCAGAAGCUGCUGAAGCAGGUGCCUGCGAUGGAAGAAAUGAGGAGAUCUCCCCAUCUGAAACCCCGGAGAAUGGGGCUGCCGCUGCAGCUUCUGGUUCUCAGGGAAGGGAGGAGGAAACUGAGGCCUUCCUCAGGAGCAAAGACGUGACCUGUGGGAUCUGCAUGGACAAAGUGUAUGAAAAGACUGAUCUGAAAAGCGGUGUCUUUGGCAUCUUGCCCAACUGCAAUCACUCCUUCUGUUUACAAUGCAUAAUGACCUGGAGGAAGACCAAAGACCUCGGCCUGGAUGUGAUAAAACGCUGCCCACAGUGCCGCGUGAGGUCUGCCUUUUAUGUGCCGCACAAAUACUGGGUUGAAGGACAAGAAAAGGAAGAUCUAAUUACUGAGUUCAAGCAAAAAUUCAGUAAGAAAUCCUGCACCUACUAUUCUCGAUACCAAUGCUGCCCUUUCAAAAGCGAGUGCCUUUACCGACAUGACAAAAGUCGACACAGCGCGUCCUUUCUGCAUUUUGGAGAAGAUGACUUUGAGGAUGAAGAUGAUGGAGUGGAUCUAAUUAGUUUCUUCAUAGCCAUGACCCUUCUUGGUGAUGAUGAUGAUGACGACGACCUUGAAUUUACUUUUUUACCUUACUAAAACAGUGUAGUUUGAGUGCUCAUCUCCCUCCCCCUUUCUUUUAUUUUUUUUUUCCUUUUUUGGUCAGUGUUUGAAACCACUGAAUGGGGUCUAUAACCAUCAUUGGUCCCUGGAAAAUGCAUGGCUGCUGCCUUUUUUUUUUUUCUUCUUUCCUUUUUAAAAACCACCUGUGUCUUCAUGAAAUUAUUACUGAAACAGCCUACGAGUAGCUUUGACUCAGGAUCAUCGAGUGGAAAGUACAUCUCACUUAAAGGACUCCUAAAUUCAGACAGGAACCUGUCUCCAAGUCUGUGCACACUUGGACACUCCAGAACUCAUGGCUAGUGGUCUCAGCGUAAGACACCUUUGUUUCUAGUUGGGGUUUAUAAUUUUUUUUUUUUUUUUUUUUAAAUACUACAGCUGUUAUGUGUUAAGUGUUUAGCCAACUGUCCGCUUCUCUUCCAACUUCUGAGCGUGCCAAUGUAGACAUUUCUCUAGUAGCUUGGGCCAUUUAGAUAUUUUUAAAGUGUUAUGUCGAUGGUAGUUUUAAUUGCCCAAGGGUUAAAAAAAAAAUUGUACUGUCCUAAUGUCUGAUAUCUGUAUAAAAAUGAUUAGUUGUCACACACUUCCCAGUUUUGGCAAGAACAAAUGAUUUUAUGUCUUUUUUUUUUUUUAACCAAAUUGUACCUGUACACAAA